UGAUUGAUUAGUAGCUGUCAAACAACGCAUUGUAAACGAUUUUAUACUUUUUUAGACGUCGUAAAUUUCAGUUUUAUUAAUACUUGAAAAUUCUGAAAUAGAAACUUGCAAAAAUGUCUCUAGCCGAUGAACUACUAGCUGAUCUCGAGGAAGACAAUGACAAUGACUUGGAUGAGCUGCAAAAUUUGGACGAGGAUGAGGAGGAAGCAAAGGCACAAGAAAUGACAGAAAAGCUUAAACAACAGGCUAAUCUUAUGGAAGUUGAUGUUCAAGUGCAGUCCGUGCGAGAUCUUUGUAAACUGCGAGACUCCGAGCGCCUGCAGUAUGUGCUAAAACAAAUCGAACAGUACAGCAGCAGACACCGGACCGCUGCAGAGAUGCUAGGAAAUGUUGAAUCGGACCCAGAAUAUCAACUUAUUGUCGAAGCCAAUGCGAUUGCGGUAGAUAUUGAUAAUGAAAUUUCAAUUAUUCAUAAAUUUACAAAAGAAAAGUAUCAAAAACGGUUUCCCGAACUGGAUUCCUUAAUUGUUGGUGAAAUUGAAUAUUUGUACGCCGUGAAAGAGUUGGGCAAUGACCUCGAACAAGUAAAGAAUAAUGAGAAGUUACAAGCCAUUCUAACGCAAGCCACAAUUAUGAUUGUUUCCGUAACAGCUUCGACAACUCAGGGUACUGUACUUACGCCUUUCGAAAAGGCACAAAUUGAUGAGGCCUGUGAAAUGGCAAUUGAUUUAAAUAACUUCAAAUUACAAAUUUACGAAUAUGUGGAAAGUCGCAUGACCUUUAUUGCACCCAAUUUGUCGAUGAUUGUAGGCGCAUCGACUGCUGCAAAGCUGUUGGGCAUAGCUGGUGGAUUAACGAAGCUAUCCAAAAUGCCUGCUUGUAAUGUGCAAGUAUUGGGAUCUCAGAAGAAGACUUUAGCAGGCUUCUCAAAAACGCAAAUGCUACCCCAUACAGGCUAUGUUUACUUCUCACAGAUUGUGCAAGAUACAGCACCGGAUUUGCGUCGCAAAGCAGCGCGCUUAGUUGCCGCCAAGGCAGUACUUGCUGCUCGCGUUGAUGCUUGCCACGAAAGUGUACACGGCGAAGUUGGCUUAAAGUUUAAGGAGGAUAUUGAAAAAAAGUUGGAUAAACUGCAAGAACCACCGCCAGUCAAAUUUAUCAAGCCACUUUCCAAGCCGAUUGAGGGCAGCAAGAAAAAACGUGGUGGCAAGCGCGUGCGCAAAAUGAAGGAGCGCUAUGCGCUCACAGAAUUCCGAAAACAAGCGAAUCGUAUGAACUUCGGUGAUAUCGAAGAGGAUGCCUACCAGGAGGAUCUGGGCUAUUCUCGCGGUACCAUUGGCAAAACUGGCACAGGUCGCAUACGUUUGCCACAAGUAGAUGAGAAGACUAAAGUUCGUAUUAGCAAAACGCUACAAAAGAAUCUGCAGAAGCAACAGGUCUAUGGUGGCAGCACUACUGUAAAGCGACAAAUUUCCGGUACAGCUUCAAGCGUUGCUUUCACACCACUGCAGGGACUGGAAAUCGUAAAUCCCCAAGCAGCUGAGAUAUCGCAAACUGAGAAAAAUGCCAAAUAUUUUUCAAAUACGUCUGGUUUCAUUUCAGUAGGCAAGCGCACCACAUAAAAUAAUAAAAGAAAAAUUAUUUUAUUAAAUAUUAUAUAUUGCAAUUUUGGCUAAAAUAAACUGUAUAGCUUUCGAA